AUGUCGCAUUCUGCUUAUUACUUCAAAGAUGUUGAGACAACUGUAGUAGACUUGUAUAACCGUCUGGUGAAAGGAGGAAUGCUUUUUACCAAGAUGGUUGACGGCGGAUGGGAAAAGUUUGGAGUGGAAGUUGGAGAGUAUUUCACAAAUCCAAAGUUACACUUCAUUGGAACUCACUUCUUAGAAAAUGUCAUCAAACGUCGAAUUCCAAACGCUAGAUAUGAAACUAAAAAGAGGGAACAUACAGUGGACAUUACCGACUGUUUUGAUGAAGAAUCUCAAGCUGGUGCAUACCUAAUUGAUUUCACAACACUCAUCUACAAGUUUCGAGAAACCUGCAAACCUGAAAUAAAAAAGAAAAUUAUUAGAAUAUCUGGUUGA